UUUAAACUUGAGCAUAUAAUGGUAAAAGUAUAUAUCAUAACAAAUUUCAAUGGUAACAUGAUAUGGAAUAACCUUAUUAUCAAUGUAUAAAUGUUAAGAGACGUGCAUUGGUAUUUCGUUUAAGAUAGCUUUCUUAUUGCAAUGAUAAAUUAAACAUAAUGAUUGAUUUGGAAUAAAGACAAAAUCUACCUUACGGUUCAAAUGUGUUUGGAUGAUAUUGAAGAUCACAAAUAAAUAAUAGUGUGAACUAAACCAAAAUAUAUGCAACGUUAGGCGAACGAGGUUACCGUUGCAGAAUGCCACGGCUCGAAAGAAAGUUCGGGUUUUUCCAUUGCGAUUGUCAGAUGGGAAACUCAUGGACAAGUGCUCAUGUUUACUGUAUUAAGAAUACAGAUAAGGUGUAUUUCAGACAAAUGUGCAAACUGUGCCAUACAUGGCACAGACCGUACAGAGUACAGAAUCUUCAAUGUCCGGAAUGCGGCAUGGACGUCUAUUAUUGUGAAUGUGAAUUUGAAUGCGAGUAUUGCGGUUUCUAUGGCGAUGAGUGCGAAUGUGUUUGUGCUAAUUGUUUGUUAUUUGUUUACGAGUGCGAAUGUGACGAAAAAGAAAGUGGCCCGGACAAACCACAUAGGAGUGAUUUAUGUGGGAAAUGUCUUGGCGGGUUUCCGUGUCACGGUCCGAGAAGAAGGCGGGGACGUAGGAGGAGUAGAAGGUGGAGGCGAAAUUGAUAACUUUACUAUUACAAUGGUUCUUCAUUUUAUGAAAUAACAUUAUCAUAUUUAAUGCAACUAUUAUUUAAAAACAACUAUUCUGAUACUUAAACGAAACGUUGUUUAGAAAAAAAAUAUUUUAAUGUGAAAUGAAAUAAUCCUUUUGCUAUGUAAGAAUUUUUAUUUACAAUUGUUGUUUAAAACAAA